UCAUUUUGCAGGACCGACCCCCGAGGAAGUUCUGACGGUGUUAGCAGUGCGCGUGCGCUGACAAGCAACCUGAAAAGAUACUGAGCUGAGGCCUCUGCACACCGCUGGAAGUAUACGAAUGGCAUUGUUGAAGUCCAAAGUGAAAUCGUUUCUCACCGGACUUCAGAAAGAUAAAGUUCGAGAUGACUCCCAGAUAAACAAAGAUGACAUACAUCAGAUGCAGCCGACUGAUCUCCCCCGCUGUCGUGAUGAUCCUAAAAAGACUGAAGAGAUAAUUCAAGAAAUAAAAGAUUAUUACUUUGAAGAGGGUUGUAUAGACUGCAGCCAACGUGAACUUGAGAGCCUUGGUCCGGAGAUCAACAUGACUUCUCUUGAAGAAAGAAUAUUUUCCCUCAAAACAAGAGACACAGCUGUAUGUACAUACCAAACAAAAUACUUGUGUUAAGGCUAAGAAUGUUUUGUAGGUGUAUCGAAAAAUUUAUGACCUUGUCUUCUCCAACUACACUGCAUAUGUACAGGUAACGUGUUGUUGUGUUUAUAGUUGUUCUGUAUGACAGCAUUCUGUGUCCCUUUUGAGUUUUAAUUAUGUAGUCCAGCGUGUGUAUCUGUUUUUGUUGUAUCCCUCGCUCCCACAGUCAAUGUUGCAUGCUCACUGCCUAAAACCUACUUAACCACAGUCACUGUUUUGUGUAUGCAUAAAUUUUACUGUGUGUCACAUGUGCGUGCAUAAGGUCAUGUUUGUUAACAAUUAAGUUAGUCUUUGCUCCAGAGCUUGGAAGAUGCUCAACCUGAGCUCUGUCUAUAUCCAUGUUACUAUCCCAGACCUAGAUCCCACACGCAACAUGGUGGCAGUGUCGGGAUAAACAGUGUUUUACUCCAGUGGGUACCAACGAAAGCCGAGGAACUGGUUGAAGUGCAGCACGAGACGGUGGGCGAGGAGCGAUGGCAGCCAGGAUGACAACUUACCAAGUUCAUCCGCCAGAACAGUUUGCCGUCCAUCGGCUGAUCUUAUAACAGCAACAACACCUCUAAUGCCGUGUCCCUUCUGAAAUGUCCCUUACAAGGGGCUAGGGAACUAUCUUCUGAACUGUGAACAGAGAAAUGAGAGGGCCUACAGCCAGUAUCUUGCUCCUAAGUCUCCGAUGUUUCAUCAGCCUGGGAUGGAAUUGCCAUCUCCUGAGGUCA